GUCUCCGUUGCGUGGAAACGACCGACGUCGUGGAUUUAGAGAAACAGCCAGACACCAUUGCUCCUUUUGAAUUUACGGAAAUAUUCCCUUUGUAGUGACGCAGAGUGCGGUUACAUUUUUAAACGUCACCGCGGAUGGUCACGAUUCGCUUGACGGGAGCACAGUGAAGCGACCUCGGCGUCCAUAUCGUUCGCAUUACCGUUGGUGGAGCGAGGUGAAGUCGAUGGAAUUAGUCCGCGUUGUUAGAGCAAAUGCGCCAAUGCCGACAUAAUGUGGUGUUAGUGGAUUCAAACCGUUCAAAGGAGGAAGGGACGUUUGACAAAGAUGGCGGGGGAUUUGGGCGACAGCAUCCCUGAACUGGACCAGAAGAAAUACGAUGCUGCUGAGCAGGUGAAGAUCAUCUGUCUGGGGGACAGUGCAGUGGGGAAGUCCAAGUUGAUGGAGAGGUUUCUACUGGACGAAUAUCGCCCUCAGCGGGUGUCCACCUAUGCGCUGAUGCUCUACAAACACACGGCCACAGUGGACAACAAGACCAUUGUCGUGGACUUCUGGGACACGGCUGGUCAGGAGAGAUUUCAGAGCAUGCAUCCGUCUUACUACCACAAAGCACACGCAUGCAUCAUGGUGUUCGACGUCCAAAGAAAAAUCACCUAUAAGAAUCUUGCCAGCUGGUACAAGGAGCUGCGAGAGUACAGACCGGAGAUCCCCUGCUGUGUCGUCGCAAACAAAAUAGAUGCCGACACAAAGGUGACGCAGAGAAGCUUUAACUUCGGGAAGAAGCAAGGACUACCUUUUUAUUUUGUGUCUGCAGCUGAUGGAACAAACGUCGUGAAGAUGUUUCGAGAGAUGAUCAAGCGAGCGGUGGACUACAAACAGAACCCGAGCGACUUCAUGGAUGAAGUGAUGCAGGAAUUGGAGAACUUUGACUUGGAAAAGCCUGAUGGGAAUUCAGAUGAAGAUGGAGAAAGCCCGGAGCUUCCAUAAUGAAGUGCACGGCCUCAUCCAAAAAACGUCACCAUCCAACUGGACGACUUUCAAACGCACCAGCAUACACACCUACUUUACAGUCCGACCCACGUUCAACGGUGGUCGUGGAAUAGUUUGUUGUUGUCUUGUGAAACAAAGCGCCAGUGAUCUUGAAUCUUCUCUGCUGCUUUUCUUAAGAUUUUUUUUGUUGUUUCGAAAUGCCGGAGCUCGACGUGAUGCAGCCGCUUUAUUAUGUAAAUCUGUGAAUCAUCAGUGACCUUUGAAUUAAAAUGAAUGUUCCAAGAAAUGAACAGUCUU